AUGAGUGCAGCAAAGGCUGCAACAAAGGGCUGCUGGACAUGCAAGGAUCGCAAGGUCUCAUGUGACCGCGCUGUACCAGUUUGCAACAAGUGUUCAAAAUCCAAGCGCGUAUGCGGUGGUUAUGGCAUCCGUCUCUCAUGGGUGAAGAAUGAUGACCAGAAGAAAUGGCUUGUUGAGCCUGGACAUCAACAGCUACAACACGCAAGAAUUCGACAUCAAUCCGAGCAGUGGAUCAACGUUUCGUCUACUGACAUCCGUCUCCACAUCCUUGCUAAAGCUACUGUUGGCGGAGUCAAGGGUGAGCAUGUCAAAAGGGAUCAGCUUGCGUUGCCUAAGCUUACCCGGUCCAUGGCUUCGAUAACAACGAAGGUGACGGUUAGCGACGCGGAACUAGUACAGUAUUUCGAAGACGUAGUCAUCGGAAUCCUACCUUCUGUGGGUCGUGAGAGAACUGAAGUCGGACGCCUGUUGUUACGAAUGGCUUUGUCGGGGCGUUCCAUAUCUUCAAUGGCUCUACUACUGUCUCUAGUCGCGUUGGGUUCUCGCCAUCGCGGAAACGAUAUGAUGCACGCGGCUCGUGCCAAAAAUGCGGCGAUAGAGGCACUCGUAAGUGCCACGAGUCCUGGACUGGAUUCGGAUGCCAGUAUCGAACACAUCGCCACCGGUCUGGUUUUAUGUUUAGUAGAAACAGAUCUCGACUGCGACUGGAUAGGCCAUUUAUGCGGGGCGAGAAACAUUGUUCCUACCGUCGAUAAGAAAGCACACUCCGUUGGAACUGACGCAGCUAUCGUUCUCGGGUGGCUCUACUACUUUGUCACAUUUACCCGCUUCAGCUUCCGUCAUUGGCGCACCUACAUGAUUCGAUCAACCUCACACGAACUUGGUUUCAAAGCUGCUAAUCACACUUGUGCGGUGCAAUAUCGUAUCGCUCGCAUCGCUUUCGCGGAGAAUAUGUCGAGUAUCGCAACAUACGCUCACCCUUUACUUCAACUUCUUGCUGAGGUCUUCGAAACACGACUAUACGCAUCCGACCCGUUGUAUCAUUCGACCGAUUAUCAACAGUCGUUAGAUAACCUCAAGUCUCGGCUAAACAAUGUUGACCUCGUCCCCAAGGAUGGAGGAGAGAGCGACAAGUACUAUUGCUUAGAGUUCACCAGACUAGCAAGCCUUACAUACCUCGAGCGCGUGUCCCGAAACUUCUCGGGCCAAUCAACACGGCUACACCAUUGGAAAGAAGAUGCACUAUGCAUACUCGCCAAACUGAAAACGUCUCCACCAUCUUUCGCCAUGUUCGUUAUCGGCUGCGAGGCUCACAAAGACGGAGAGCGGUUGGUUAUGCUUGACUUCUUCACGAGAUUGGAACAGGUUCCCCACCUCAACAGUCUACUCGAAGCCAAAGGACUGGUACAGACGGCCUGGAUUCAGCAUGACCUUGGGGUAGAAGGCGAGCUUGAGUACAUUCACAAGAUCAAUUUGGUGAUGAGCUCGCGGGAUGUCAUACCAAGCUUCAUCUAG